CACUUCCUUUAUUUCGUCUGCGUCUAGCCUGAACUCACCGACGAACGCCCAUGUCCGGAACAAGCGUCAAGGACCUGCUCGGAAUCGAAUUCGACGAUGUAGAGCUCGAUCUCGAUGUCAGGUUCCCAUGGGGUCCAGAAGUUCACCAAGCGGUCAAGGAAAGGAAGGACCAACGGCCUGACGGAAGAUUACUGAUUGACCUCUUGAUGAUGGAGCAGUUCGCUGAAGAUGACCUUCCUUACCCACCUCGAGACCACGGGAUGUUGAUCGAUUAUAUUACGACGUCAAUCGAACAGAAUCCUUCCGAGGACGACUGCUCCGUAUACUAUUUGUUACUGGACGUGGUCCACCAGGAGCAACAGACGGUCUCGUUUCAGGAUCGCUCGAAUCCGGCGGAACAGUACGCGCGGAGUCACUUCCUAGAUGAGGCUACCAUCAACCGUAUUCGAGGUUACUGGUGCCUAGACCACGACAUGAUCGAGGAGGGGAUGUAUCAUUUAUCCUUACCAUCCGAUCAGCUCGACCCGUACGCUCAAGAGAUCAUCCUCACGCUAUCGUCCGUGAAUACGAAUUCAGCCUCUGUAUGGCUGAAGCGAUACGUGGACUUUGUCAAACCGACCUUGUCUUCGACAAUACUGCGCGAUGCCUACGUACAAGCGCUCGUGGAGCAGGACUUCGCGAGAGCUUGGGAAUGGGUACGGAAUUGGGAGUUUGAGAACGAUCUCGAGAGUCAACGGGCCGAGCGAUCAGGCCUCGAGGAACAGCGUUUGGAUCUGGAGGACGGGACGGAGCAAGGGGCGGAGGCGGCUCGCCUGAGCAGGAUUACGGGCGAGCGUGAACGUUUACUUGUGGUGAUCCUCGACAAGAUGAUGAAGCCCCGUGCCAUGCGAAAAGCCUUCGAAUCCUUGACGACCUCUCCCAUCGAUACCUUUGAGGAAGACAUCUUGACCGCAUAUCUGCUGGAUCCCGCGACUGGCCUCUCACAGCAGUCGUUUGACGUCCUGCACGACCUGUUGACGACCAGGUUACUGUCGCAAGGUCGAUAUUCCAACGCAAUCGAUCUAGACGGCAGGGUCACCGAGCUGGUCAGAUCUAGUGAUAGAGAGGUCGUCAAUCCUCGUUUGAAACGAGAACGACGCCAGAUGGUGGACGACAUGGUCAGCCUGCUACCACGAGUGCAACGCGAUCUGUUGGCUGCGGAGAAGACAUUCAAGGACGAUGCCGAACAGGACGAAGGCAAGAUGGCUUGGGCUACUACUUCAAGCAUCAGGACGAGCGUUCAAACGCAUGAGACAGCUACCGCGAUGUCAGUCCGGGCAUCGAAAAGGGUAGUCUCCCUCUCAGGACUCAUCGCAGCAUCACCAAAUCGGUCAGGUAACACCGCAAACGACUUGUACCAGGCCAUCUUGCAGAAUCAGGCCAAUACCAUGAGGGCACUGGAAGCCCAUCCUGCUCCUCCAAGUCCGGCAAACAAGGCUCAUAUGGCCGUGCCGGCGCAUCGAUCACCUCGUCCAAUCAGCCAGCAGCGAGCGCAGAGCCCGUUUUCAAGCCCGGUUAAGUUGCCUAGGAAUGUCGGAUCUCGACCAAAUGCCCUGGCGGCAUCUUCACGGCCGUCUUUCCGCUCACCUCUUUUUGCUCCAUUGGAGCCUACGGAGAGCCAGGCCGUUGCAUCAGUGGCUGACGGCGAUGGUGAUGCCGAAACUACGCCGGUUCCUUUGCGAAGGCAAUCGCCCAGGCGUGGUGCUCGACCCAUCGCUAUUGAGCGAGCGGCUUCAAUGGAGAUUGAUGAACCGGUACGAGCGCCGGAGAUGGAUGCAGAUGUUGAUGACCGGUCAUCGAGACCAUCGUCACCCCAGCCGGAAGAGACGCCUGUCAAGCCCAAGAGAGCUAGGAAGACGCAUGGUGACCUAAACGCCAGUCAAGGUCCAUCUGGACCCCGGUAUGAGACGCGUAAACGCCAGGCAUCGGUCGUAAGCAGUCGUGAAGGAACGGCCGAGCCAACUCCGGCUGUUGAGGUUCCGCCAAUACCAAAGGCAGCGAAGCGGACGCGAGCCAAGCAAGUGCCUUCCGUCGAACCGAUUGUCGAGAUCUUGACCACCACGCCUCCUCGACGAACGAGAAAGAAGACAGCGUCGGCGGUUCCGGAAGAGCCUGAAGAGUCACGCGAGCUCGACCCAGCUCCGGCGGCCAAACGUGCUCGUCGAACAGCUGCGACUCCCACGCAGAAGAGUGCACCGCCGCCUGUAAAACGGACGGCCAGGCAGACAAGGAGCCAGAGCGUGAUGAGCGAGGCGACCACCGAGGCGGGAGACGAAUCGAGCCAAGCUCGAGCGCUGAGACGGAGUGGAAGGCUGUCGUCGGUCGUACCUGUAUCGCCCGACAAAAGCGAGGCCGGUGGGGUCCGAACGAGACGUGGGGCCAGUCGACAGCCGUCCGAAACCCCUGCAAAGGCAGAAACGGCACGACCACGACGGGCUGCCACCAGGAAGUGAUAUGGCAGCUGCAAUCGUUGCACCAGGACUCAAUUGUACAGGCGUAUUCGUGCUAGGAUUGUUACAUGUGGUUACAUAUCGACCCUCUUGUGUAUCGUUUUCCUGAUCAUAUCUAUACCCUAGGGUACACCGC